AUGGAAUCGGACUUCUCGGUAGUCCACGAAACGCACGGCGUAGUCACCCAGAAACUGCGCUUUCGAGAUCCGCUGGAAUGCAUCAAGUCCCUCUACGCCAAUCCCGACUUCACAGACCAUAUGAGUUACGCGCCUGUGCGUGACUUUUGUGAUACGGAGAACACGCAACGCAUGUACAGUGAGAUGAACACGGGAGAUUGGUGGUGGGAAACCCAGGCGAAGUUACCGGACGGUGCGACCGUCGUCCCGGUGAUCCUGAGCUCGGAUAAGACUCAGCUAUCCACGUUCAGUGGUGAUCAGCAAGUCCACCCUGUGUAUCUCUCGAUAGGCAACAUCUCGAAGGAUAUUCGCCGAAAACCUUCCUACCAUGCACAAGUUCUCAUUGCGUAUCUUCCCAUCACCGACAUGUCUCACCUUCCCGAUGACGUUGCCCGUGUCAUGCGGGCACGCUCUUUUCAUGCGGCCAUGCGCGUUGUUCUCAGGUCGCUCGAGGAUGCGGGGAAGACAGGUGUGGAGCUUACCGGAGGGGAUGGUGCCGUCCGGUUGGCAUUUCCCAUCGUUGCAGUGUAUGUCGCCGAUCAUCCAGAGCAAAGUCUGGUCUGCUGCACUCGGUUCGGACAAAGAUGCCCAAAAUGUUCGGCGGCGGCUACUGAUUUUGCCAAACAUCGCCUGUCCUCCUGGACUCUUCGGAAGCAAACGGAUACCCUACAUAACCUCCGGCGUGCGCAGGCGCAUGGCUCGUAUCGCAAAGCCGAGGCAGCUCUCAAAGCCGCCGGGUUAACCCACGUCGACGACCCCUUUUGGGCCCAUCUCCCCCACUGUAAUAUUCACUCCGCCAUAUCGGCUGACGUACUACAUCAACUCUACCAGGGCAUGCUUAUGCACCUAAUAGAGUGGUUGACGGCUCUUAUUGGUGCAUCAGAGCUUGACGCCCGCCUCCGACGCUUGCCUGAAACCCACGGAGUCCGCCAUUUCGCAAACGGCAUCAGCGGUUUGGCUCAAGUUUCUGGCCCCGAACGCAAGCAGAUGGUUAAACAGCUCCUUGGCUGCGCUGUUGGGGCUAUUAGCCCGCGUGCUUUGCGCGCAACCCGGUGCUUAUUCGACUUCAUAUUUAUCGCGCAAUACAUCAGUCAUUCGGACGAAACUCUCCAAUAUCUCGAUGAAGCUCUCGCGGGGUUCCAUGCGGAUAAGCAAGUUUUCAUUGACGAAUGUGCACGCGCCGUGCCGAACUUCAACAUCCCAAAGUUGCACAUGCUGUCACACUACGUCGACGGCAUCCGGGCCGUCGGUACAACGGACAACACGAACACGGAAACGUCGGAACGGCUUCACAUCGACAACGCCAAGCGUGCAUAUGAUGCCACGAACAAGAAGCAAGACUACGUGGAACAAAUGACGCGGUGGCUCGAACGCUACGAGAAGCUUGCGCUUCGCGACGUACACAUCCGCUGGUAUACCAACACACUCCCGCCACCUCCGCGAACUCGCUCGCGACGGAUGAAGAUCUUGCCGUGUGGUCCCACGUUGUCGAAGUUUCCGCAUGUUACGGCUGUUUCAUUCACCUCUAUUGCUUCCAACUACCACGCACCCCGCUUCCUGGAUGCGCUCCGGGCAUUCAUUGCUAUUUCGCGAUGCUCCACCGAACGUGAACGUGCAGCCGCUCGGCGCCGGAAUCAUGAUAAUCUCGAGGUGCCGUUCAACUGGGUAGACGUGUGGCACCGUGCUACGUUCGUCAUAUCCAAUAUUCAGAUUGACGGAGCGCCUGACUUCGUCACGACACCUGUCGCUAACCCCUUUGGAGGGCGAGACCGGUCGGGCCGCUUCGACACCGUCCUGGUUGAUGUUGCGGACGCCGACGACACGGGCAUUGAAGGUCUUGGCGUUGCGCGUGUACGAGUCUUCUUCAAGGUCCCUGAGCAGUUCAGUAAAGCAAUGUUCACUGACUACGGAGUGUCUUCGCCGGGACAUCUGGCAUUUGUGGAGUGGUACACCCCACCGUCGUCGAAGAAUCGGCACCACCAGAUGUAUUCAGUGACACGGAAGCGAGGACAGCCAAAGGUGGGGAUCAUUGAGGUUUGCAAGAUUCGGAGGAAUUGUCAGCUUUUCCCGAUGUUCGGGGAGAAAGCUGACAAGUCAUGGUCAUCGACAAAUGUCCUUGAUCGCUGCGAAAAGUUUCUAGUAAAUAACUUCCAGGAUCAACAUGCUUAUCAGUCCCUAUGGUAG